AUGAGAAGCCUGGUGCUUGCCCUGUUGGGGGCUGCCAGUGCGGUGGCGACACCUAUCGCCACGAAUGUUCAAGCGCCUGUCGCCACGAACGUCUUUGACCAAGGCGUGACCUAUCAGGGCAUUCACGCCAACGAGAUCGAAGGCUUCCUCACAAUUUAUUACGCAGAGUCGACCGCUGGCAAUAAUCGGUUCAGACCACCCGUCCCCUACACUCCUCCGGCGAACAGCACGCUCUACGCAACUCAAGCGGGACCAGCAUGUCCGCAGCGAACCGUCCACGGAACGCCGAACCCGUUCAACGCUUAUACCUAUGUUACAGAAAUCUCCGAAGAUUGUUUGAGUCUCAAUAUUUGGCGACCGAAUGGAACACAGGCUGGAGACAAUCUGCCCGUCUUGCUCUGGAUUUAUGGAGGAGGCUUCAUCACUGGCAGCAAAGACGGCAUUCUGUCACAACCGGGAGGCCUGAUUCUGCAGUCGGUGGAUGACGGGCAUCCCAUCAUCCACGUUGAGAUCAACUACCGACUCAACGUCUUCGGCUUUGCGCAGACCGAAGCAUUGAUCAACGAGAAAUCGGCCAAUGCUGGAAUUCGCGACCAGCGAUUGGCGAUAGAAUGGGUGAAGCAAAACAUUGGCGCUUUCGGUGGCGAUGGAAACAAAAUCACGCUGCAUGGCCAGUCUUCCGGCGGCUUGUCGAUGGGCAUGCAAACCAUCGCAUACGGCGGGAGUCAAGGAGCGCCAUUUCAACAAGUCAUGUGCGAAAGCCAAUGUCUCGAAAACGACAUCACCGGAAACGUUACUCGACACAAUAUGCACCGCGUCUGGCUGAACACCAACUGCACCCAUCUCGACUUCGACUCCGCCGAGAGCGCGCAAUGCCUUCGCGAGCAGCCGAUGGAGACGCUGGUGCAUGCGCAGAUCAAGACGCACGUUCCGGGUCCGAAAGACAACGACGGCGACGCCUGGCUGCCCGUCGUCGACGGCGAUUUCAUUCCCGAGGCUCCCUCCGUCCUCCUGGACACCGGCAGAUUCGCCAAUGUCUCGGCGGUGAUUGGCUGGUGCGACAAUGACUACAUGCUGUUCAUGCCGCCUGACAUCAAAACAGCGCGUGGAUCGCACCAAUGGCUCCGCGACUACCUCCCGGGCUUCACGGAAGCGAAUCUCCAGAAGCUGUUGUCGCUGUACCCCAGCUCGGAGUUCCAGACGAAGCGCGGCCCGGGCGGCGACGUGUGGGUGCAGGGCGAAUCCUACCGCACGGGGCGCAUUGCACGCGACAUUCUAUUCACCUGCAGUGCGAUUUACAUGGGCGACGCGCUGGCCAAAGCGGGGAACAACGUGUGGUUCUACGAUCAGAACAGAACCAUGCUGUCGCCCGCUUUGAAACAGCGCGGCGCACCAGGCCUAGGCGUCGUCCACACCAGCGAACUCAUCUACGUCUUCGGCAACCUCUCCAAAUACGACGACCCCGGCUGGCCCUACCACCCCACCGCCCAGGACUACUACCUCCGCACGCAUCAAAGCCGCUCCUGGUCCGCGUUUGCCGCGCUCGGCGAGCCCGAUGUCCCCGGCCUCAAGACGUUGACGGGCUGGCAGCCAGCCAACUUUACGGACGAGAAUUUCGGCGUGUUUGUUAUUGGCGGCCCGCAUCCCGGUGAUGCUGGGUAUGGGGGCAAGCCGGAGGCGCGGGCGCUCGUUGCGGCGGAGAAGUUGCAGGAGCGGUGUGGGUUUUUGAACUCGCCCGAGAUUAUAAAACAAUUGCUGUAUUAG